UUUUUUAACCCAGGGACUUUAGGUCUUAGACCCCUCAGAACUAGAAAGCCGUAGCUGGAGGACCUCUGCAGGUUGUUCAAGAUGCAGCCGGCUGUGGAGGGUCACCGCGCACGCUGAGGGCCACGACUUGAGUCCCCAAGGGCCUCUGGGAACACGCGUCAGGACUCAAGGUCGCAGCAUUCCCUUCUGUAACCUGCUCUGCGUCAGGCUGCAAGACCCAAGGAAGAGAACCUCUCCAGCUCCUCACAGUUGUCUUCCUGGCCUAUUUGUUAUUCCCGGGAGUUUACAGAGCCUGAGCCCGCUGGAAACAUGUAACAUUAGAAAUAGGUUACUGCUGUCAGCAACAAACAACCCCACCUUAUUAGGACUCCCUUCCUUGGGAAAUGGUAGCUGUGUGUUCAGGGAGCAGGUGUAGAUGGAGAGAGGCACCCAUGAUGAGCAAGUAGCCCCUGCGUGUGCUUCAGGCUGCUUUCGCCUCGGUGGGCGGGGGGCUUACCAUGCGCUGUGCCCUUCCCCGAUCGGCUAUACAUAGCCAGCAAAGCUUCUUACAAGAGAACCCUCCUGCACCCUCCGCCAGUCCCACGCGCAGACCGGGGAAAUCGCUGCAAAUCCCCUGGAAGUUAGAACAGGAACCGGCCGGCUGGGCCCCAGACGUGCCGAGUCUCCGCGGCAGCCCUCGUCCUUGCUUUGCUUUCCUGGGGAACGCGCUCCGUGCUCAGCCAUGGUCGACAUGGGGGGCCUGGACAACCUGAUCGCCAACACGGCCUACCUGCAGGCCCGGAAGACCUCGGAGGGAGACUGCAAGGAGCUGCAGCGGCGGCGCCGGAGCCUGAUGCUGCCCGGGCCGCAGUGCUGCGCCGAGAUCCGCCAGGCGCUGCCCCAGGACUUCGACAGCCUGUGCGAGCAGCAGCCCAUCGGCCGCCGCCUCUUCCGGGACUUUCUAGCCACGGUGCCCCCGUACCAAGAGGCCGGGGCCUUCCUGGAGGAGGCGCAGAGCUGGGAGCUGGCUGAGGAGGGCCCCGACAAGGACAGCAUGCUGCAGGGGCUGGUGGCCACCUGUGCGGCGGCCCCGGCCCCAGGGCACCCGCACCCCUUCCUCAGCCCAGCUCUGGUCACCAAGUGCGAAGCAGCCACCACCAAUGAAGAGCGAGUGGGCCUAGUGGCGCUGGCCAAGGCCGAGGCCAUGGCCUUCUUGCAGGACCAGCCCUUCCGGGAUUUCCUGGCCAGCCCCUUCUAUGACAAGUUUCUGCAGUGGAAAGUCUUUGAGAUGCAACCCGUAUCAGACAACUACUUCACUGAGUUCCGCGUGCUGGGGAAAGGUGGCUUUGGGGAGGUAUGUGCUGUUCAGGUGAGAAACACCGGUAAGAUGUAUGCCUGUAAGAAACUGGACAAGAAGCGGCUGAAGAAGAAAAAUGGCGAGAAAAUGGCUCUCUCGGAAAAGGAAAUCUUGGAGAGGAUCAGCAGCCCUUUCAUCGUCUCUCUGGCCUAUGCCUUCGAGAGCAAGUCCCAUCUCUGCCUGGUCAUGAGCCUGAUGAAUGGGGGCGACCUCAAGUUCCACAUCUACAGCGUGGGCACGCGGGGCUUGGCCAUGAGCAGAGUGGUCUUCUACUCGGCCCAGAUCACCUGUGGCGUGCUGCACCUCCACUCCCUCGGCAUCGUCUAUCGGGACAUGAAGCCUGAGAACGUGCUUCUGGACGACCUCGGCAACUGCAGGCUGUCUGACCUAGGGCUGGCCGUGCAGAUCCAGGAUGACAAGCCCAUCACCCAGAGGGCUGGAACCAAUGGCUAUAUGGCUCCUGAAAUCCUGAUGGAAAAAGUAAGCUAUUCCUAUCCUGUGGACUGGUUUGCAAUGGGAUGCAGUAUUUAUGAAAUGGUUGCUGGACGAACACCGUUCAAAGAUUACAAGGAAAAAGUCAGUAAAGAGGAUUUAAAGCAAAGAACCCUGAAAGAGGAGGUCGCAUUCCAACAUGAUAACUUCACAGAGGAAGCAAAAGAUAUCUGCCGACUCUUCUUGGCUAAGAAACCAGAGCAACGCUUAGGAAGCAGAGAAAAGUCCGAUGAUCCUAGGAAACACCCUUUCUUCAAAACCAUCAACUUUCCUCGCCUGGAAGCCGGCCUAGUUGAACCCCCAUUUGUGCCAGACCCUUCAGUGGUUUAUGCCAAAGACAUCGAUGAAAUUGAUGAUUUCUCUGAGGUUCGGGGGGUCGAAUUUGAUGACAAAGAUAAGACAUUCUUCCAAAGAUUUGCAACAGGUGCUGUCCCCAUAGCAUGGCAGGAGGAGAUUAUAGAAACGGGACUGUUUGAAGAAUUGAACGACCCCAACAGGCCCGCAUGUUGUCAGGAGGGCAAUUCAUCCAAGUCUGGUGUGUGUUUGUUAUUAUAAAUUGUUCUCUCUAUCAGAUGGGCAACAGGAGUCUCAGCUGACAUAAUCUUUGACUGUUCCUAAGACAUGAAAAUCUGUUGAGUGAGGACUGAUCAAUCAGGAGGGGCAUUUCAACCUGGAGCAGUUCAAAGGACAGGCGAGCUCACUGGGAAAUGCUUUCUCUCCCUUCCUCCCUCUUUCUUUUCUUUCUUUCUUUUUCUUCCUUCCUUCCUUCCCUCUUUCUUUCUUUCUCUCUUUCUUUCUGACUAAAGUCUCAGUUUCACUGAGGGCUGGGGAAAGGAACACUCAGGGUUGUUUUGAUAAACUAAAAGCAUGAGGCCUCCACCAUCAUGUCUCUGAAAAUUACGCAAAGUCCUAGGAACAGAGAAUGGAACUUUGUGGUGUACUCAGAAAAUGACCAUUUGCAAUUCUUAGUAAAUAAUCGUGUUAGUUUUUCUUUGUUUAUAUCCCUUCUUCCCUUCAUCUUUCAUUAUUUCUUCUGCUUCUGUACUUAUAAAAAGAAUUUUGAAGCUGGAGAUAAAUGUUCCUGAUAUCCUCCCCCUAAAAAGGAGUGAAUUGUAAUAUUUUGGCAAUAUUUCAGAUAACAGAAUAAUUUUUAAUGUAAUGAAAGUCUGUUUUUCAUUUUUUUGAAAUAAUUUACAUUAUAAUGUGAAAGCGUUUUAAAUGUAAAUAUACAUGAGGUCUGCAAAUUAGAGUAUUCCAUAAGUUCAGUCCUUUAAGUAAUAUGUUACAAGUUUCUUACAACAGCAAUUCCCUAUGCCAUCAGUUCCCAAACUUUGCUGGACGUUGAAAUCACCUAAGGAUCUUUAAAAAAAUACUAAUGUGUGACUCCCACCCCCAGAUUUUUUUUAAAGAUUU